AGGCGGCGCCACAGGACGUAAAGGAAGUGCCUGGUGCAGCUUCCCGGAUCCGGAGCCGAGCUCUGGAGGCCGCCCUGCCUGCCAUCCUCCUUCCGCAGCCGUGAGGGAGACCUCGGCUCGGCUGCAGCGGAGCUGCGAGUUACAGAAUGUCUGAAGGGGACAGUGUUGGAGACUCUGUCCAUGGGAAGCCCUCAGUGGUGUACAGAUUUUUCACACGGCUUGGACAGAUUUAUCACUCCUGGCUGGACAAGUCUACCCCCUACACAGCUGUCCAGUGGGUCGUGACACUGGGCCUGAGUUUUGUGUACAUGAUUAGAGUUUACCUGUUACAGGGUUGGUACGUUGUGACCUACGCCUUGGGGAUUUGCCACCUAAACCUUUUCAUAGCGUUCCUUUCUCCCAAAGUGGAUCCUUCCUUGAUGGAAGACUCAGAUGACGGCCCUUCAUUACCAACCAAACAGAAGGAGGAGUUUCGUCCCUUCAUUAGAAGGCUUCCAGAAUUCAAAUUUUGGCAUGCAGCUACAAAAGGCAUUCUUGUGGCUCUGAUCUGCACCUUCUUCGAGGCUUUCAACGUCCCCGUGUUCUGGCCGAUCCUGGUGAUGUACUUCAUCAUGCUUUUCUGAUUCACAAUGAAGAGGCAAAUAAAGCACAUGAUUAAAUACCGGAACACACCAUUCACACACGGAAAGAGGAGAUACAAAGGGAAGGAGGACGUGGGCAAGACAUUUGCUAGUUAGAAGCCGGACUGAAUCUGUCACGCGUGUUCAAGGACGGGUUUGAGCCAUUGUAACAAUGCCUUUUCUUCACAUAAAGUCGUUGAUUAUGA